AUGAUUGCAGUGUUCAAAUUAUUGCACGUUCUACUCUGCCUGUUUGUUUCCUUGAAGCUUUUGGCCUUAGCUCAAGAGGAAAACCAGUUCAUCUAUCAUGGCUUCACUGAAGCCAACCUGCUUCUCAAUGGGAUUGCAAAAAUCCAUCCAAAUGGUCUGUUAGAGCUGACAAACACUUCAAAACAGCAAAUUGGCCAUGCUUUCUUCCCAUUCCCUUCUCAGUUCAACACAUCUUUAACCAACAAUUCUCAGUCUCUCUCAUUUUCUACCCAGUUUGUGUUUGCCAUGGUUCCUGAGCUGCCUACACUUGGUGGCCAUGGUAUCGCCUUCACAAUCUCUCCAUCUGUGAACUUCAUAGGGGCUUUGGGAUCGCAGUACUUUGGAAUCUUCAAUUCUACAAGCAAUGGAUUGUCUUCAAACCAUGUAUUGGCAGUUGAGCUAGAUACAAUUCGAAGCCCGGAUUUUGAAGACAUCAAUGACAACCACGUUGGAAUUGAUGUAAACAACUUGACAUCUAUUGAAUCUGCUCCAGUGACCUACUUUUCAGAUGAGGAGAAGGAAAAUAAGAGCUUGACUCUCAUAAGCGGAAAUAUGAUGCACGCGUGGAUAGAUUAUGAUGAAGUAGAGAAGCUACUCAACGUUACAGUUGCUCCUAUAACAAGCACAAAACCAACCUGGCCUCUCUUGUCAACAUCUCUCGAUCUCUCUUCUUUUAUGUUGGAUUCUAUGUACGUUGGUUUUUCUUCAUCUACUGGAGCAAUGGCAAGCAGCCAGUAUAUUCUGGGGUGGAGCUUCAACAAAAGCGGGCAAGCUCAAAGUCUCGACUUGUCAAAGUUGCCUCCACUUCCCCCUAAAAAAAAAUCACGGAACAAACCAUAUCUAAGAAUUGUGAUCCCAACAAUAACAGCAAUCAUUUUGCUGAUAUCAAUCUCUGGUGCUGCUUAUAUAAUAAGGAGGAAGAAAUACGAAGAACUGCGUGAAGAUUGGGAACAGGAAUAUGGUCCUCAAAGAUUCUCCUACAAAGAUCUAUACAAAGCAACAAAAGGUUUCAAAGACACAGAGUUGCUGGGAAGUGGGGGUUUUGGAGUGGUUUACAGAGGAGCAUUACCUGCUUCCAAUAUGCAAGUCGCUGUCAAGAAAGUCUCCCAUGAUUCCAAACAAGGAGUGAAAGAAUUUGUUGCUGAGAUUGUUACCAUGGGAAGGCUGAGGCACAGGAACUUGGUCCAGCUCCUGGGCUAUUGUCGGCGAAAGGGAGAGCUUCUCUUGGUCUAUGACUAUAUGCCCAAUGGAAGCCUUGAUAAACUCCUAUUUCGCAAUGACACACCCAGCCUUAAUUGGUUUCGGCGAUAUCAGAUCCUCAGAGGAGUUGCAUCCGCCCUCCUUUACCUCCACGAAGAGUGGGAACAGGUUGUUCUGCAUAGAGAUGUGAAAGCUAGCAAUAUCCUGUUAGACGCUGACUUCCAUGGUCGACUAGGUGAUUUUGGGCUUGCUAAAUUCCAUGAUCGUGGAGCAAAUCCUCACACAACCUGUGUGGUUGGAACAGUGGGAUAUCUUGCACCAGAGGUUACUAGAACAGGCAGGGCCACUACCAGCAGUGAUGUUUUUGCUUUUGGCACUUUGAUGCUUGAAAUGGCUUGUGGAAGGAAACCUAUAGAGUCAGAACAAUCACCAGAAAAGAUGAUUUUGGUUGACUGGGUUCUUGAAUCCUGGAAAAGAGGAGACAUUCUUGGAACAUGUGACCCAAAAUUGAAAGGUAAUUACAGGGUGGAGGAAAUGGAAUUGGUAUUGAAGCUAGGGUUGCUUUGUUCUUUCUCUACACCAGGAGCUAGGCCAAGCAUGAGGCAAGUGGUGCAAUAUUUGGAUGGGAAUGCUAGCUUGCCAGAGAUGCCGCUUGAUGGUGCUAGCAUAGGUUUGAUGCCAGUUAGUCAUGAAGCAUCUCGAGAUUGCACCUUGUCUUUCCAUGGAUCAAACGAUUACUCUGCUUAUUCCUUGUCUAGCACCGAUUCAAUCCUCAGCUAUGGUCGUUGA